UCUUGCUUGGGUGAUGUGUCUGCUCUCCUGACUGUCUUCAUACCCGAAGGAUUUAUUUUCCUUUUGGAAAUAUUUUAAGUUGAAAUUUUGUUCCUCACUGGAAACUGUCCACGCUAAAGACUGCAUGCAUCAUGGGUGACAUGGCGAACAACUCGGUUGCAUAUAGCAGCGUAAAAAAUGCUGUAAAAGAAGCUAAUCAUGGAGAUUUUGGAGUUACUCUUGCAGAGCUCCGUUCUCUUAUGGAACUUCGAGCUGCAGAUGCACUGCAUAAAAUACAGGAAUGCUAUGGUGAUGUACAUGGCAUCUGCACAAAAUUGAAAACUUCACCUAAUGAAGGUUUAAGUGGAAAUCCAGCAGAUAUAGAAAGGAGAGAAGCAGUGUUUGGAAAGAACUUUAUACCUCCUAAAAAGCCAAAAACAUUUCUUCAGUUAGUAUGGGAAGCACUACAGGAUGUUACGCUAAUUAUAUUAGAAAUUGCAGCUGUAGUAUCCUUGGGCCUUUCUUUUUACCAGCCUCCAGGAGGAAAUGAAUCAUUAUGUGGAUCAGUAAAUGUUGGUGAAGAAGAGGAAGAAUCUGAAGCAGGUUGGAUUGAAGGAGCAGCAAUCCUCCUAUCUGUAGUUUGUGUGGUAUUAGUAACAGCUUUCAAUGACUGGAGUAAAGAGAAACAAUUUCGGGGGUUGCAGAGCCGUAUUGAACAAGAACAGAAAUUCACAGUCAUCAGAGGUGGCCAAGUCAUCCAAAUACCCGUAGCUGACAUAAUUGUUGGAGAUAUUGCACAAGUGAAAUAUGGUGACCUUUUACCGGCUGAUGGCAUACUCAUUCAAGGAAAUGACCUCAAAAUUGAUGAAAGCUCACUGACUGGGGAAUCUGAUCAUGUUAAGAAAUCUCUGGACAGAGAUCCUAUGCUGCUGUCAGGUACACAUGUGAUGGAAGGCUCUGGAAGAAUGGUGGUUACUGCUGUAGGUGUGAACUCUCAGACUGGAAUCAUCUUUACUUUACUUGGGGCUGGAGGAGAUGAAGAGGAGAAGGAGAAGGAAAAAGAAAAGAAGGAAAAAAAAAGUAAAAAGCAAGAUGGAGCUGUUGAAAACCGUAACAAAGCUAAAGCUCAGGAUGGUGCAGCCAUGGAAAUGCAACCACUGAAGAGUGAGGAUGGUGGAGAUGGAGAUGAGAAAGACAAGAAGAAAGCAAACUUGCCAAAGAAGGAAAAGUCAGUUCUCCAAGGCAAACUCACAAAGCUCGCAGUUCAGAUUGGCAAAGCAGGUUUGUUGAUGUCUGCGAUCACAGUCAUUAUCCUUGUGUUAUAUUUUGUAAUUGAUACCUUCUGGGUUCAGAAGAGACCUUGGCUUGCUGAAUGUACUCCAAUUUAUAUUCAGUAUUUUGUGAAGUUCUUCAUUAUUGGAGUUACAGUCUUGGUGGUGGCAGUACCAGAAGGUCUUCCACUUGCAGUCACUAUAUCUCUGGCUUAUUCUGUUAAGAAAAUGAUGAAAGAUAAUAACUUGGUGAGACAUCUGGAUGCAUGUGAAACUAUGGGCAAUGCAACAGCUAUUUGCUCAGAUAAAACGGGAACGCUGACUAUGAACAGAAUGACAGUGGUCCAAGCCUACAUCAACGAAAAACAUUACAAAAAAAUUCCAGAACCAGAAGCUAUUCCAGAGAAAACUAUGGCUUAUCUUGUGACAGGAAUUUCUGUUAAUUGUGCUUAUACUUCCAAAAUACUGCCUCCUGAAAAAGAAGGUGGCCUACCACGUCAUGUUGGAAAUAAAACUGAAUGUGCCUUGCUGGGAUUGCUCUUGGAUUUAAAACGUGAUUAUCAGGAUGUAAGAAACGAGAUACCAGAAGAGGAUUUGUACAAAGUGUACACCUUCAACUCUGUUAGAAAAUCAAUGAGUACUGUGUUAAAAAACUCUGAUGGCAGUUUCCGGAUAUUCAGUAAAGGUGCCUCUGAGAUAGUUCUUAAAAAGUGCUUCAAAAUACUGAGUGCUAAUGGAGAACCAAAGGUAUUUAGACCUAGAGACCGCGAUGAUAUUGUGAAAACUGUAAUUGAGCCAAUGGCUUCUGAAGGUCUCAGAACCAUCUGCCUGGCAUUCAGAGACUUCCCAGCAGGGGAACCUGAACCAGAGUGGGACAAUGAAAAUGAUAUCGUUACUGGUCUGACAUGCAUUGCUGUUGUUGGGAUUGAAGAUCCUGUGAGACCUGAGGUACCCGAUGCAAUAAAAAAGUGUCAGCGUGCAGGCAUCACUGUGCGUAUGGUCACUGGUGAUAACAUUAACACUGCUCGUGCUAUUGCAUUGAAAUGUGGUAUUCUGAAUCCUGGUGAGGACUUCCUGUGUUUAGAGGGCAAAGACUUUAACAGGCGAAUACGCAAUGAAAAAGGAGAGAUAGAGCAAGAGCGAAUAGAUAAAAUUUGGCCAAAGCUUCGUGUUCUCGCAAGAUCUUCUCCCACUGACAAACACACUCUAGUAAAAGGUAUAAUUGACAGCACUGUCUUUGACCAGAGGCAAGUUGUAGCAGUAACUGGUGAUGGUACCAAUGAUGGUCCAGCUUUGAAGAAGGCAGAUGUUGGAUUUGCUAUGGGUAUUGCUGGAACAGACGUAGCUAAAGAAGCUUCUGAUAUUAUCCUUACAGACGACAACUUCACCAGUAUUGUUAAAGCAGUUAUGUGGGGACGAAAUGUCUAUGACAGCAUCUCCAAAUUUCUUCAGUUCCAGCUUACUGUCAAUGUAGUAGCAGUAAUUGUUGCUUUUACAGGAGCAUGCAUAACACAAGAUUCUCCACUUAAAGCUGUGCAGAUGCUGUGGGUAAAUCUCAUAAUGGACACAUUAGCCUCUCUUGCCCUGGCAACAGAGCCACCCACUGAAGCUCUUCUGUUGCGGAAGCCUUAUGGUAGAAACAAACCUUUGAUUUCUCGUACAAUGAUGAAGAACAUUUUGGGUCAUGCAUUCUACCAGCUUGUAGUGGUCUUCACACUCCUGUUUGCUGGUGAGAAAAUUUUUGAUAUUGAUAGUGGAAGAAACGCGCCUCUGCAUGCUCCUCCUUCAGAACAUUAUACUAUAGUAUUUAAUACAUUUGUGAUGAUGCAACUUUUUAAUGAAAUUAAUGCCCGAAAGAUUCAUGGUGAAAGAAAUGUUUUUGAAGGAAUCUUUAACAACGCUAUCUUCUGUUCUAUUGUGCUGGGGACAUUUGUUGUGCAGAUAAUUAUUGUGCAGUUUGGUGGAAAGCCUUUCAGUUGCUCAGAACUCACAAUUGAACAGUGGCUGUGGUCCAUUUUCCUGGGCAUGGGCACACUACUUUGGGGCCAGUUGAUUUCAACAAUUCCAACCAGCCGACUGAAAUUCCUUAAAGAAGCUGGUCAUGGAACACAAAAGGAAGAGAUUCCUGAAGAAGAACUAGCAGAAGAUGUAGAGGAGAUUGAUCAUGCUGAGAGAGAAUUGCGUCGUGGUCAGAUAUUGUGGUUUAGGGGUCUAAACAGGAUACAAACUCAGAUGGGAUGGUCCUUUCUCUUGUUCUCUCUCUCUCUUGCUGAGCAAGCUGUCACAAUCUCUGAUUCCUUGCAGAUGGAUGUAGUGAAUGCUUUCCAGAGUGGAAGUACCAUUCAGGGGGCUCUAAGGCGACAACCCUCCAUCGCCAGCCAGCACCAUGAUAUCCGAGUGGUGAAUGCAUUUCGUAGCUCCUUGUACGAGGGGCUAGAGAAACCCGAGACACGAAGUUCAAUUCACAAUUUUAUGACGCAUCCUGAGUUUAGAAUAGAAGACUCCGAGCCUCAUAUUCCCCUUAUUGAUGAUACUGAUGCUGAAGAUGAUGCUCCAACAAAACGCAACUCUAGUCCCCCUCCCUCUCCCAAUAGAAAUAACAAUGCGGUUGACAGUGGAAUUCACCUUACAACAGACAAGAACAAGUCUGCUACCUCUUCAUCCCCAGGGAGCCCACUACAUAGUUUGGAAACAUCACUCUGAUUGUAAGCUGAAUGUUAACACACUAGCUGCAUUGUAAAGAAAUUGAAACUGGGUCUCUUCACACAUUAUGAUGGACAAGAUGCUAUUCUUGUCUUGGACUUCAACAGAAGAAACACUUGUACGAAUGUAGAUUUAUUUUUUUAAAAAAAGCUUUCUGCCAGACUGGAGGGUGCUUUUCUGGGGGUGGGCGUAAUAAUGAACUCUGACAGAUAAACAGUAACUCAGCAUAAGUGACCUGUGGAUCAUCUGUUGUACUAAGAAUGGUCCUGAAGAGUGUGUUA